CAUCGAUUCCGCUGGCCCACAAACACCAUUGCUUGGUUAUAGCCAAAACGCAAUAUUCGAUGAGUUAAUGAAUCGCCAGCGAUUGCUACAGAUGUGGUCUUUUCUCUAUUUUCUGAAAAGUUCAUUGACCAGUUUAUUAUGGAGAGAAGAAGAAGAGAAAGAAAAAAAAAACGAAACUUCAAUGAAAUAAAUGAGUUUAUGGCUUUGUAAUGCAGCAGCAGUAGCAGCAAAAAGAAACAAACAGACCGCCGCAUUCAUUGAAGUUUGAUGGCAAAAAAGGUAGAAUUUCUAUUGGGAAGCACAACAGCAGAGAGAGGCUGUCCCGCUUUCCGAUGAGUGGUGAGGAGGGCUAAGUUGAACUUAACACGCGAUUUCAUUCUCACACAGGUAUCUUAAUAUGUUGCCGCUGUUGUUCCUGUCAAAGCCACUUUUUUUCUGUCGUGUUGGCGUGUUGUCAUCAGCGAUAAUGGUGUCCUUCGGUGUUACAAUCGAUGUUUUGGUUUUGCCAUUGAAUGGCUUCAGAUUUACAAGGCCCAACUUUUGAAGAAGUACCAUUAUCCGGUUGAAAAACACUUCGUGACAACAAAGGACAACUACAUCUUGGGCAUGCAUCGUCUUCCCAGGCCGGGAGCCCCACCCAUAUUUAUGAUGCACGGGCUAUUGGAUAGUUCGGCCACAUGGAUUAUUAUGGGUCCGCAAAAUGCUCCAGCCUACUAUUUCUUCGACAAUGGCUACGACGUUUGGUUGGGCAAUGCCCGAGGCAAUCGUUAUUCCCGCAAUCACACCACAAUGGAUCCAGACAGCGAUCCGGAAUUUUGGACAUUUAGUUGGCAUGAAAUUGGCAUCCAUGACCUGCCAGCCAUGAUUGAUUAUAUACUCCAGCAGACUGGUUUCAAAAAGAUCGGCUAUUUUGGCCACUCCCAGGGAACCACGACAUUCUGGGUAUUGGCCUCAAUGCACCCCGAAUAUAAUGAGAAAAUCACAAUGAUGCAUGCCUUGGCACCGGUGGCCUUUAUGCGACAUGUCAAGGCCCCACUGUUGGGCUAUGCCAGGAGUUUUGUUAAAAUGUCCGAGCCGCGAAUCAGAGAAUUUAUGCCACGCAAAGAAAUGUUAUGGAGAACAUGUCUGGCAUCGCCAAUUACAGAGGGCACCUGUCUGGAGACCUACUAUCAGGUUGUGGGCAAAGAUGUGGAGACAACGAAUACGACCAUGUUCCCAACAAUUGUGGGUCAUUUUCCGGCUGGCUGCAAUCUCAAACAGAUCAGCCAUUAUAUGCAAUUAAUUGAUAGCGACCGAUUUUGCCAGUUCGAUUAUGGUGCAAAGGAAAAUAUGAAACGUUAUGGUAAAUCUACACCGCCCGACUAUCCGCUAGAGAAGAUUACCGCCAAUGUGGGUCUGUAUUACACGUUGAAUGACUAUCUGUCCAGUGAGGUGGAUGUUAAACGUUUGGCCAAGAUUUUACCAAAUGUAGUGGAGGAUAGUCUGUAUCCCCAUAAAAAGUGGAACCACAUGACCAUGUUGUGGGGCAUUAAUGCCCGUGAGAUGGCUCAUAAGCGCAUGUUGGAAAUAAUGAAAAAUUACUCUUAUGAAUGAGAGAAUAUAUAUUUUUGGGUGUUAUAAAUGAAA